CCACCGCCCAUAGCAAGGCAUCGACAAGCACCGGCACACGUCUCUUCAGUGAGCACGUCCCGCCGCCUCCCCCCGCCCGAGCCAAUACAAAGCAGCGCGUCAACUCACCAAGAUGAGCCAGCCGCCUGCCCUUACUAAAGGGAUAUCCAACGCGUCAAAGGCAUCUUCAAGCAGUGCCGCUCAGGCUCUGCCUACAGUCUCUCAGACCCAGCAAUUCUUCAGCAACUCCACAGGACGUCCCACCAACUCCGGAUCAGCCCGAAGCCAGCAAUCCGUGCCACGUAGCAAUCAGCCAGCCAAGCCGAAGCACAAGCAGGGCAAGCGCUUCCAGCAGUCGGGCCUGUUGGAUGACGAUGAGCGGCUCGCCAUGCAGAACAUCGGACGCCGAGGGAAGACAGCGGACAUCACGCACUUGAUGAACAUUGCUCUGCCACCGCGUCCCGCACAGCAGCAGUACCAUCGCCAUAGUUACAACGGUCCACGAAGGACUGGUGGCAGGUCUGGUGCCACCUGGGGUCUGGGUAGCGGUUACCACGCCGUGGACAAAGCGCGGUACAUACACGCCAACUACCGCUUCAUUGUCUCUCCGGCUGGCGAUUAUACGGCUCAAGCUGCCGAUGCCGAUGUCCACUUGGACUGGAACAAUGUCCUACAAGUCAUUGCUUCUCCAGUCUCUCAAGCUGCUUCUUGCCCGAUAUGUCUUGGCGAGCCGACUGCGCCGCGUAUGGCAAGAUGUGGCCACAUCUUCUGCUUGGCAUGUUUAAUUCGGUAUAUGCACAGCGAUGAUGCCAGCAAUCACCCUGCUGCGCAUGAGAGAAGGGCAAGGUCGAAGAAAUGUCCCAUCUGCUGGGACAGCGUUUACGUCUCUGAGACCAGACCGGUGAGAUGGUAUGCUGGAACAGAGACAGAGCCGCCACAUGAAGGCUUGGAUGUAGUUCUCCGUUUGAUGAAGAGACGACAGGCCAGCACGCUCGCCAUGCCGCGCGAAAGUACGGAUGUGAUUCCGACCGGAGACUCCAUCCCAUGGUAUUUUGCUGCGGAGGUCAUGGACUAUGCACGGAUGAUGAAAGGUAGCGAAGACUAUAUGAGCCAACAAUACGACGAGGCUAUUGCGGCCGUGCAGCAGCUUGAGAAGGAAGAUGAGCUGAUGUUUGGUGAGGACGCUGAGUGGACUGGCCGAGCGAUCCGUUUCUUGAACGAGGCCAGGGAGAAGGUACGCGGAAUUGGCAACGCACCGCUGUUGCCGAGGAAGCCAGAGCAGCAGGAUGUGGUCGACGGCGGUGUACAGCUGCCGCAACGAGCCCCUAUCGUGUUUAACAACGAUGAUGAUGAUGACGUGCCGGAGAUGUAUCGUCUCAGACAGGCUGUCCACGCACCAACGGCGCCCAUAGCGCAGCAGGAACCCAGCGAGGAGCAGUCUUCGGCUGACGACGCGGCUCCACACCCGAGUGAGGUUCCGCGUACGUUGCAUGAAAUGCGUCUCCGCCAGAACGCUGGCAAGCCGGAACCUUCUGAGUACCUCUUCUAUCAGACACGCCCGCAUUACUAUCUUUCGCCGCUUGACAUUCGCAUCCUCAAAGCGGCUUUCGGCUCUUACACGCUCUUUCCAUCCUCGAUCUUACCACGCGUCGAGCGCGUCUCAUCCGGCCACGUCAUCGACGAUGAGCUUAGGAAGCGUGUGAAAUACGUAGCCCACCUACCGUAUGGUUGUGAAGUGGCCUUCUUGGAAUGCGACUGGACCGAUCUGGUAGCCGCAAACGUAUUGGAGGAGUUCAAGCCCAUGCUGGACCGCCGACGCAAGAAGCACGAUGAAAAGGACGCUCGCGAGGAGAAGGAACGCUUACGUAUCGAGAGGGCAGAAGAGCGCGAGUUGAUGUCCCUUCGCCGGAGAAGACCAAGCAUUACGAGCGACCCGACUCUGAGUGCGGAGUGGGAAGCUCUUCCUACAUCCAUCUCACAUUCCUACUCCACCCCAAGCGGUGCCUCGCCGGGUGAAGCUGCUUCUCCGCCGUGGUCGAAUAGACAGGGCUCAGGCUUCGCUUCGCUGGCCUCUCCUUCCACCUCACCGACUGUGCACCGGACCGUCUGGGGUACUGCAGUCAUCGCUCCCACAUCACCCGAAGUCCACGCCGUUCUCCCCACAGAUGCGCAGUUCGGCCAAGCCGAGGAUGGCUGGCUGCAGGGCUGGGAGCGGGACCUGAUGGACCACCAAGAAGCGGAGCUCGUCAGUGCAAUCGAGGGCGUGAGUCUUGGUCAGGUAAAACCUGCGGCGGCUGGUAGUAGCGGAGGUAAGAAGGGUAAGAAAGGCAAGAAGAUUACUUUGAUGAGUACGACGGCACGAAGAGGAGCGUGAGGACUGCGCUGGUAUGUCUUUACCAUGGGAUGGUUUAGGCAUGCUGUGAAAUGUGGCACGAGCGCUUUGAGUGUGUGUAUGUCGUGCAGACAGUAUUGAUAUACGAAUGUAGGCUUGACCACUGCGGCCCGGCCUGUUCUGACCACAACUUGUCCUUUAUCCUGC